AUGCCGCCCAAGAAAAGCAAGACCGCCCCAAAGGAUUCCCCGGCAGGAAAACCGGAGCAACACAACGACGAGCCAAAGCCCAAGAACGAACCCGCCACCAACGACGAAACAACAUCCACCAAACGCAAAAAAGAUGCAUCCUCAGACGAACCCCAAAAAGCUCCCCGCCGCUCCGGACGAGGCGCCCUGAAGUCCUCCCCAUCUCACCGACAGCUCCUCAACUACCUCCUCUCAAACGCCUGCGAGGACCUCUGCCGCCCCGACGAGGAAGCCAAAGACAUCGCAACCCGCGGAUCGAUCAAAACCUACUCCGGCAGCGUGAUGAACCCCUUCGAAGAACUACUCUCGGCCGCUAUUCUCUCCCGCCCAAUCUCGCACCGUCUAGGUCUUCGAACGAUCAGGACAGUCUUUAAUGACCCCUAUAACUUCAACUCCGCUCACGCAGUGCAGAAAGCGGGGCACGAGAAGCACCUGCAAGCCGUCUAUGAUGCGCGGACGCAGCAUAAGGAUAAGACUGCCGCUGAGAUAGGGCAGAUUGCCGAUACGGUCCUCGAGCGUUUUACCUCGAAAGGGGACACCGAGGGCACGGAGCUCGGUAAAGCGCUGUCGGACAGCGAUGGAGAUGUUGACGCUGCGCUCGAUGCGAUCAAGUCCGGAAUCAAGGGGAUUGGAGAGACGGGGAUGAAGAUCUUCUUGAGGAGGGUGCAGUGGUUGUGGAUGGGUGGGUUUCCGUACGUGGAUGAUCGGACGCAGGGGUCUUUGAAGAGGCUCGGGUUGCCGGAGGAAGCGGCGAAGUUGGAGGGAUUGCUCAAAGGGAACUGGAGCAAGCUUGAUGCUGGAAAUGUUGCAGGGAAAGGAGAGGAGGCAAGGCAGCGGAGGGCGUUCGUGGUGGUGCUUGAGAGGGCGAUUGGAGCGGAUCUGGAAGGGAAGGUUGAUCAGGUACUCGAGGCUGCGGCUGGUGGUGGGUAA